CGCCAUCCCCGCCCGUAGACCCUUCCAGAAGUCUCAGGCAGACUCGUGGGUUUUGCUGUUCUGCCUCACUUCUGAUUUUCAUCGUUAAAACUCAUCAUCUUAACAGUUGGACACUUUCAAAGUGUUCCGAGCCCUCGGUCAACAUGUCCUCUAUGGGGACACUUGCUUUCGAUGACUAUGGGAGGCCUUUUCUCAUCAUUAAAGACCAGGACACGAAGACGCGGUUAUCGGGCAUUGACGCACUUAAGUCUCAUAUUAUGGCAGCCAAGGCUGUCGCGUCAACGCUGAAGACAUCUUUGGGACCUAAUGGUCUUGACAAGAUGAUGGUUGACAAGGAUGGAGAGGUGACUGUCACAAACGAUGGAGCCACUAUUCUCAGCCUGAUGGAUGUGGACCACCAGAUUGCCAAACUCAUGGUGGAGCUUUCCAAGUCCCAGGAUGAUGAGAUUGGUGAUGGAACCACUGGAGUUGUUGUGCUGGCUGGUGCUCUGCUCGAGCAGGCCGAGCAGCUGCUGGACCGUGGAAUCCACCCCAUCAGGAUCUCUGACGGUUAUGACCAGGCCGCACGUGUUGCCAUAGAGCAGCUUGACAAAAUUGCGGAAACCUUAGUCUACGAUCCCAACAACACAGAACCGCUCGUUGAGACCGCCAUGACAACAUUGGGAUCCAAAAUUAUCAACCGGUGUCACAGACAGAUGGCAGAGAUUGCAGUCAAUGCCAUCCUCACUGUCGCCGACAUGGAGAGGAAGGAUGUCGACUUUGAGCUCAUCAAGAUGGAGGGCAAAGUGGGAGGCAAGCUGGAGGACACGCAGCUCAUCAAGGGAGUCAUAGUUGACAAGGAGUUCAGCCACCCUCAGAUGCCCAAGCUUCUGAAAGAUGUUAAAAUUGCCAUCCUUACCUGCCCGUUUGAGCCACCUAAGCCCAAGACCAAGCAUAAGUUGGACGUGACCUCUGUUGAGGACUACAAAGCUCUCCAGAAAUAUGAAAAGGAGAAGUUUGAGGAGAUGAUCCACCAGGUCAAAAGCAAUGGUGCGACCUUGGCCAUUUGCCAGUGGGGCUUUGACGAUGAAGCCAACCACCUUCUGCUGCAGAACGACCUGCCAGCCGUGCGCUGGGUCGGAGGGCCUGAGAUCGAGUUGAUCGCCAUCGCCACAGGAGGCCGCAUCGUGCCGCGGUUCUCCGAGUUGACACCAGAGAAGCUCGGCAUAGCUGGUGUGGUGAAGGAGAUCUCCUUUGGCACCACAAAGGAUCACAUGUUGGUUAUCCAGGAGUGCAAAAACACCAGGGCUGUAACCAUUUUCAUCCGUGGAGGCAACAAAAUGAUCAUUGAGGAGGCCAAGCGCGCUCUCCAUGAUGCCCUGUGUGUAACCCGCAAUCUGAUCAGAGACAACCGUAUCGUGUAUGGAGGAGGAGCUUCAGAGAUCUCAUGUGCUCUGGCUGUCAACCAGGCUGCAGAUAAGUGCCCAUCCUUGGAGCAGUAUGCAAUGAGGGCAUUUGCUGAUGCUAUGGAGGUCAUCCCGAUGGCACUGGCUGAGAACAGUGGCUUUAACCCAAUCCAGACCAUGGCGGAGGUCAGAGCCAGACAGGUCAAAGAGAAAAACCCCUACCUCGGCAUCGACUGUCUGCAUCACAACACCAAUGACAUGAAGCAGCAGCAUGUGGUCGAGACCCUGAUUGGAAAGAAGCAGCAGAUCUCUCUGGCUACUCAGGUGGUCAGGAUGAUCCUCAAGAUCGAUGACAUCCGAGGCUCCGGGGAGAGCGAGGACUGAAUGCCUGGAAGACUUUAAGAUUUCUGGGCUGUUUUAGGCACUUCUCCGAUCACCAUGUCCAAACCGCACUGCGUAUUGAUAUUUAUCAUUUCAUACAAAAUGUUCAAGCUGUUGUAGUAUCAAAAUCCCCAUUAAAAUGUUGGUCCAUUGAAA